UAGUUAGAAGAGCACUCUUUGCCUUGAGGUUUGGCAUCCUGAGAAAAUGAUUUGGUAGGUGGAAAGCAGCAGUGCACUCUCUGCUUCUCUCCUCCCACGUGCAGGCAUCACACUCCUCAGAAACAUGGUGCUGCUAGGUAACACGUUACUGACAAUAACGCAAGUCUCUUUGUGGCUGAUCUGUUUCUCUGUGUUGCAGGACCCGUCUGGUGCAGGCGAUCCGGUGCUGCCCCAAGCACCCAGUGUCCAGCGGGACAGUGUCCUGCAUCCUUCCAUCAACCAGUCAGGCACUGUGCGAGACCAAGGUUACUUGCAGAGGAACGCUCAGGUGCCCCAGCACAGCUCUCCCCUGCCCAGCUCAGCUUUGUUUCUCCAUCCAUCUUCUGGAGGACAAAUGCACGCUGCAAUGGGGCUGUACCAGCAGAACUGCAUGGGCAGCUACAGACUACAGGCCGGGCAGCAUGGCCCUCAAGGAGGUUAUCCCUUGCAGCCCAACUGCAGCACUCUGUCCAGUGCCACCUCCCACAGUGCAGGGAUGGGAGGAAGCACGAACCCGAUGGCAGCAGGGAGCCAGAUGCAUGGCGGUAUGCCUCCUUGGGUGUGGGCAGGGAUGUGCGCCCCAGCAGGUGGCAUGGCUCACAGAGCACAAGGAGUGGCUGCCACCACCGUGCACGCUGCUGUCAGCUCCAUCCAAAACUGGCCUCCUGGUUAUCUCAGCAUGAACCAAGAGGGAAUGAUGGGCGCUGGACCUCUUUAUGGACAGCGAGCUAACAGCACGGCUGGCGUGAUCAACUGCCAGGGCCCACCUUAUCCCGUGGGUGGGAAUAUGGCUAACAGCUCUGCAGGGAUGGCAGCGAGUCCUGAAAUGACGGGUCUUGCGGAUGUCCAAUUAACCCCUGCAAGUAAAAGAAGCAAUAAGGCAGACGGGACCCAAAAAGCAGAACCCUCUCGAUAUGUUUCCUUUGAUCGGUCCAGCUCCUCUGCUACGACCAAUGAGAAGAUCACCAAACCCUAUGAGCCGGAUGGUGAGCCCGAGAGGAAGAUCUGGAACUGCAAGCGACCGGUAGAUGGCAGCUGUGGCCCACCUGUCAAGCAUCAUGAAGUGGGGAUGUACAGCAUCCCGCGCAGCACUGGGCAGGGGCAGAUGCAGCAGCAGCCCAAACCGCAGGAGAAUCGCCCUGCUCCCAGCAAAUCUCCAUCCCCACAGUCGGGGAUGGGAAUGCAGAAGACAGGACUGCUAGUUGCCACCUCACAGAGGACACCGUCAGCGGUACGGCCUGCCUGGAAGCGACGAGCCGUCUCCUUCCCUCCAGGGUCAGCAGAAGCUACCGAACUGGUGUUACAGAAAAGGAGGAGGCUGACAGCAAAAGGUGUUGGCACUCCUGAAGCCUGGAGAGUGAUGAUGUCUCUCAAGUCUGGGCUGCUCGCUGAAAGCACGUGGUCCUUAGGUACCAUAACCAUCCUGCUCCGUGAUGACAGCAGCAUCGCGUCCUUUGACCUCAGGCAGCUGCCAGGCCUGCUGGAACUCCUGGUGGAGUAUUUCCGGUGCUGCCUGAUCGAGAUCUUUGGAAUCCCAAAGGAAUAUGAGGUGGGAGAGCCAGGGCAAAGAACACCCUGUGAGUUGGAGAGCGGCCUCCUGCACUGGCAGAUUGGUGGCGGAUAUACCACAGAGCUCAGCCAGACCCACUUUGAGAGCAAGGGGGUGCGCUCCAUGGCUGAGAGCAAUCAAAAUGCCAGGGAAGGGAAGGCUCCUCCAUCUGACAGCUCCUCAACAAUUCUGGAGGACAAACCUUGCCAUAAAGAUGAGACACUCCUCUGCCCCAUCCAUGACUGGCAGGACUCUCUGGCAAAGCACUGACUGUGUGUCUCCAGCAUCAUCAGGAGUUUGUCACUUAUGCCAGGCAAUGACGCUGAGCUGUCCAAACACGCCAGGCUGCUGCUGAUUCUGGGGAAACUGCUGCUCUUACACCACGAGCACCCGGAGCACGAGCAGGCACCCCUAAGCUCUGUGAGAGAGGAGGAGCGGGAGCAGAGGGUGAGCUGCAAUAAGGAGGAGUGGUGGUGGGACUGCCUGCAGGUGUUGUGUGAAAAUGCACUGGUCACGUUGGCCAACAUUUCUGGACAGCUGGACCCGUCCCCUUUCCCAAAAAGCCUCUGUCUGCCGAUCCUGGAUGGACUCCUCCACUGGGCAGUAUGUCCAUCAGCAGAGGCCCAGGAGCCCUUUCCAGCGCUGGAGCCAAAUGCAGUCCUCUCCCCUCAGAGGCUGGUUUUGGAAACGCUCAGCAAACUCAGCACCCGGGACAGUAACGGGCCGGUUUUGGACCCCUCACUGCAAGAAAGACAUUGAGGCCCUGGAGCGUGUUCAGAGGAAGGUGACAA